CAGGCUGCGGGUAGGUGCACACAUCAUGUGCAUGUGCCUAGAAGACACUUCCAGGCGCCGACUGCUCGUCCUCAGCCCAUCCGCCACCCAUUCUCGACUUCAGCAACUCGCUCCCAGCAUGCGCAUCCUCAUUCUCGGUGGCUCGGGGCGUGUGGGCAAGUUGGUUGUCCAAGGCGCGCUCGCGCGAGGCCACACGGUGACGGCGCUGGUGCGAGACGAGGCAUCGCUUGCCGCCGUUUCCAAUGCAAACGGCGCCCUCACCGUCGUCAAGGGCCAGCCGCAGGACCAGGCCGACGUCGAGCGCGCCUUCGUCGCUGUGCCCAACGAUGCGCCCCAGGCCGUCGUUGUGACGCUCAACAGCGCGCGCACCAGCGACAACCCCUUUGCAAAGCAGCUGUCGCCGCCCACGCUCAUGCACGACGCCCACGUCAACGUCCUCGCCGCUAUGAAGACGCACGGCACGCCCAAGAUCGUCACCCUCCAGGCCCACGGCGUUGGCGACUCGUUCGCGACCCUGUUCCUGCCCGUCAAGAUGCUGGUCCGCUACUCCAACAUGGGCGUUGGCUACAAAGACCACGAGCAAGUUGAACACAUCAUCAAGCAGAGCGGCCUCUCCUACGUGCUCGCGCGCCCGGCCCGUUUUGUCCCCGGCCCGUCGUCACCGCUUCACUUCUACGGCAACACGGGCGAAGGUAUCGGCUCCCUCAAGACGGCCACCAGGGAUAGUGUGGCGACCUUUCUGUUGGACGCGGUAGAGAAGGACGACUGGAAUGGCACAGCGCCUGUCAUGUCCAACUAG